AUGACAAUCACAGCCAAGCUUAGAUUGUUAACAACAACCAAAGAUCAAGAUGUAAAGGAAUAUGCAUUGGAGUUUGGUUCCAAUGUUAUUGGUAGAGGUCGUCCAACAUUCAUAUCAGACAACAGAAUAAGUCGAUCACAUGCUGAUAUAGUUGUUUCAAAGGACUUGUCUCAAGUCACAUACACACAACUGCAUGAGAACAAGAGUCUGUUGACAAGAUUGAAUGAUGGCGAUGAUGAUGACGACGUUGAUGGUGAUGACCAUCAGGAUAGUAACAAUAAUAGUAGUAAUGGAAGUAAUGGUGUCGAGAGACCAGACACUUCAAACACAAGUGAUGAUGACAACAAUAAGAAGAAGAUAUCGGUCAAGAUAACAAAGGGACAGACUAUCAUCCUGAAGAAUGAUGAUCAUAUAUAUCUUAAUCCACAUGUACAACCAUUGGUCAUAGUCAUUGAGGAUGACAUGAUGGAGUCGAUGGAGACCAACAUCGAUGAUGAAUGUGCCACGCAGAUCGAUCACACCGAAGAGUUUGAUGACCUACAUGAUGAUGAAGAUGAUGAAGAUGUUGAGAACAACAAGCAACAACAACACCAUGCCAAUCAUAAGCCACACCAAGCAGAGUCAAACAACAUCAAUAACAAUAACAAGAGAGAGCGUGAUGAUGAUGAGAGUCACUUUGUCAAGAAGUUAAGAGUGGAACAUCCAUCAACAAGGACAAAGACAGUCUCUGCCAACACGACAACGACUACAACAACGACAACAUCAACAGUAAGCAGGUCAAAGAAGGAUAGCUCACCAGUAUACGUAACAGACGAGUCAAGGAUGAAUCUGUCAGAGGACGAACUUGUCUAUGUCAAGCAAUUGGGCAAAGGAUCAUGUGGCGAGGUCAGUCUCUACGAAUGGCGCGGCACACAAGUGGCCGUCAAGAUCAUCUUUCGGUCACUAUUACACAAAGAGAAGAAUGGAGAGUUUGAGAAGGAGACCCUCAUACUCAAGUGUCUGAGGCAUCCCAACGUCGUCCUCUUCAUGGGAACAUGCCUAUUGAAGGGCAACCUGGCAAUCAUCACAGAGUACUUGAAUAGUGGAUCGUUGAGACAUGUGUUGGAUGCAAAGAAGGAGAUUGGUUGGAAUACAAAGGUGAAGAUGUGUCUGGACAUUGCCCAAGGAAUGAACUAUCUGCAUACUUAUAAUCCCAAGAUCAUACAUCGUGAUCUAAAGUCUGUCAACUUGUUGGUGGACAAUAACUACAAUGUCAAAGUGUCAGACUUUGGCCUGUCUAGAUUCUCAAGUGGUAACGAGGUGGCCAAGACCUUCUGUGGCACACUCCCAUGGAUUGCACCCGAAGUGUUUGGUGGCUCUGGAUACUCGACCAAAGCCGACGUCUUUAGCUUUGGUGUAGUGCUCUGGGAGAUCCUCACACACAAGACACCAAGUGGAAACAUCGCUAACUCUGAGCUUGGACAUCCCGUCAUCCCUGAUACAUGCCCCCUCCCCUACGCCCAGCUCAUCAAAGAUUGCUGCAAGAGGAAGCCGGAAGAUAGACCUGACUUCCAACAUAUUAUUGGACGUCUAAAGUCAAUGUUUGUGAUCCACGAGGACACGGACAAGACAGAGUCAAAUAAUGGUAGUGGCGCGGUUACAAAGCCAGUGGCUGUGGCUGUUGAGAAACAGACACUGUUCAACUGGAGAAUCGACCCAACUGAGAUAUCGGACAUGAAGUUCAUCAAGAAGACAGAGUCUUACAUAUUACACUCUGGCGUGUACAAGACAAAGCAGGUACUGAUCAAACAGAUGAACUCAAGUGUUAAGGAGUUUGAGUUGAAGGAGUUGGACAUCCUGGCGAGUCUUACCUCUCCAAGAAUAUUCCACUUCUACGGCGUUGUCUAUAAUGACAAGGAGUUUGCCACCAUCUCAGAGUACACGCCCAACAUGUCACUACUCGAUGCAAUGAAGGAUGAGACCAUCGCUCAAUCAUUCACAUGGGAGAACACUCUGGAUGUGGCAAUACAAGUGGCAGUAUCAAUCAAUGAACUUCAUCAACACAAGCCAGCCAUCUUACACAGAGGUAUAACCAAUGAGAGUUUUGUAUUCGAUAUAGAGAAGAGCAUCAAGAUAACAGACUUUGGACUUUCAAGGUUCAACAUCCAUGAGAAUGACGUAUCUCUGGGGUUGAUAAAAGGAAAGUUUAUGUACUCUCCUCCAGAGCUGUUCUUCUCCAAGAAGUAUAGUACCAAAUCAGAUGUGUAUAGUUAUUCGAUUGUAUUAUGGGAGCUGAUCCAACGAUGUAUCAAUGGAAGUUACCAAGUGCCAUUCUCCCAUCUCAAGCUAGACUAUGACUUCCAGAUAAUCCAUCAUACUGCCAAAUAUAAUAAGAGACCAUUGGUUGAUGAGACCAAGGUACCAUUGCCAAUUCAACAGUUGUUGAAACAAUGUUGGGAUGCUGAUCCUCAAAACAGACCAGACCUCGACACUGUUAUCAAGUCACUCGAGUCGUUCAAGACCAAGAUUGUCCUUGCCAAAGGCAAUCAAUAA